AGAAGAGAAACAAAAAAGGAAAAAAAGGUAAGUGUUUUAUGUUAUAAAUAUAAUUUUUAAAAAAAAGAGAGAAAAAACAGAUAAUUAAGAAAAACAAUAGAAAAAGUGAACGAUGGUAAAUAGUUUAUAUAAACGAUUCAAAUGGUACUGCAUGGUUAUGGGGCCCAUGCAGCCAUUUCAUUUCUACAUUAUAUAACAUCUCGUUGCCAUUCGUUUCAUGUUUUGUGUCACCAUUGUGGUGCUGUGCCUGUCCUUGUAGUGUCCCCCUCUGUGGUAUGGCCGUAGUGCCUAAUAAAGAAAACGUUGAGCGGCAGUUUUUUGGAAUUUGAGUUGUCGAUGACGGAGAGUUUUUUGAUGUGAGUUACAACGUUGAGUAUUUUUUGUUGAAAAAUUGAGUGUUAAUUAUUGCUGUUAAUUGUUGAUAUUGUUCACUGUUUUUAUAUCUUCCCGUUGUGGAAAAUGGAGAAGGCGCCGUUGGGUGGCCAGAGUUAUGCGGCCGCAACCGAAAGAGGAACAGAGGAAGGAAAACUAGAAAUAAUUGAAAUUAAAGUGUAGCCGAAGAAGAUGAAAGAAUGUGAGAAGUUGCUGGCGAAGGUCGGAGACACGCUGAAGUUGACACCACCUGUGGAACUGAUAAGCGGAGUAAGAAAGAUAACUGUGGUAUUUAAGACCAUGAAAAUAGCAACUAGAAAGAUAGAGCUCGCGACAGUGGAGGAGAUUGAGGAAUGCCUGAAAAGUAUCAGGAAGCAAACAACAUUUGUAACAAGAGGAAGAACGUAUGCCACUGUGGAGGUACGCUUUGCAACAGAAGUAGAAGCAAUUAAGAACUCCACGGAGGCUAUACGAUCGGAGGAAUGGGUGCUGUUGCCGUCGUACUGUGGCAAACGUGUGGCCAGAGUGCGAGUAGGCAAAGUACUCCCAGAGCUAGAAGAAGCAUGGCUGAUGACAGCAACAGUGAAUGUGUGCAUACGCAUGUAUACGGUUAUGUUUGUUUUCUUCGAUUUUAUUAAAAAUAGGAUGAAUCUAUAUUAAAUUCAUUUGUUGUUCAUUACGCAUCGAUGACCGUUAUUUGAAACGACCAAUCAAACAGAUCUAUGUGUUUCAAAUUUUAAAUUUUAUAUUACUUUUGAUUGCAUUGUUAUUCAUUUCCCAUUUCUAACAAAACUGUCCGAUGAACGGGAACGUGAAACUCAGAGUAACAGUCUUUUGUUAUAUUUCUGCUGCUUUUAAAUAAAGCAUA